AUGGCUCAUGUGCAAGACCACCUUAGCAAGCUCGGUCAGCAACCACCUGCCACUUUUCUCGGCAGCCACAGCGCUCAUCUCCUCCAGCCGCCGGGUGGCCCUAAGCCCAACAACCUCCCCCACAAUUCGGGCAGCUCUCCCCACACGACUCCCCCUUCAAGAAGCCCGAAAGUCCCUCCAUUUAAACACCCCAACGUUCAGCUGCCACUUUGUGAUUUUUGUAGGCGUUUAAAUGGUAAACAAUGGAAAAAAUUCAACAGUGAAAAGGUUGCUUCCUUGGCAUAUGCGAGAAUCGAAUGA